GUUGAGACCAGCAGGAAGUUAGAGUUUGAACCCAAGUUAAAGCAGAAUGCCGGAACAAACCAAGGCAGCGCCCAAGAAGGGCUCGAAGAAGGCGGCGUCCAAAGCCAGCAAGAGCGGCAGGAAGAGGAAGAGAACCAGGAAGCAGAGCUACGCCAUCUACGUGUACAAGGUGCUGAAGCAGGUCCAUCCCGACACCGGCAUCUCCUCCAAGGCCAUGAGCAUCAUGAACUCGUUCGUCACCGACAUCUUCGAGCGGAUCGCCGGCGAGGCCUCCCGCCUGGCUCUCUACAACAAGCGCUCCACCAUCACCUCCAGGGAGAUCCAGACCGCCGUCAGGCUGCUGCUGCCCGGUGAGCUGGCCAAGCACGCCGUGUCCGAGGGCACCAAGGCCGUCACCAAGUACACCAGCUCCAAUGUCCCUGAUCCCAGAGCUGGAUGCUUCAGAUCUGUGGUGGUUCUCCCACCAACUGGCCUAAUCUCCAUCUGUGGCAUGCUGCUGCUGCUGACCUUCCUCCAGCCCACUGCUUCCAGCUGCCCAUUUCCAUCAAUCUACUCUGCAUCACCCUCACUAUACUUGAUUUGCUCGUCUACAUAUUUUUGAAUUUACCACCAGCUAUAUAUGUAGUAUAUUUAUGCCAGAGCCAUACACCAUAGCAGGAAACUAUGAAUCAGUUUACAUGUUAGCUGCUACUUUGUAUGUAUUGUAUGUAUGUAUAUUGUAUGUAAUUUUACUACCAGCACAUUAUUAAACUGAUCAGCUGAUUUCUACGCA